AUGAGGAAGAGAGAGAGAGAAAACCCUUGCUCGGUUUGUGGGCAUUAUCACAAGUACGAGGAAGGUGAAGUCUGCGGAAUCUGUGGCCACCGUAUGCCUGUCACUUCCGAUAUGGCGGCUGCUCAAGUCCACGUCAGCGCUUUUCCGUCGGAGAUCUUGCCGGAGUUUCUUUACCUCGGAAGCUACGACAACGCCUCUCGCUCUGAGCUUCUCAAGACUCAGGGAAUCUCUCGUGUUCUCAAUACGGUUCCUUUGUGCCAGAAUCUCUACAGGAACUCAUUCACUUACCAUUGCCUUGCUGAUGAAAAAGUCUUGCAAUUUGAUGAUGCUAUCCAGUUCUUAGACCAAUGCGAGAAGGACAAGGCACGUGUUCUUGUGCAUUGCAUGUCCGGAAAAAGCAGAUCACCGGCGGUUGUUAUAGCCUACUUGAUGAAACGUAAAGGGUGGAGACUCGCUGAGAGUCAUCAAUGGGUUAAACAACGAAGACCCACAACUGACAUCAAUCAAGAGUUCUACCAACAGCUGGAGGAGUUUGAGAAGACGAUAUUCGGGCCAAGAGAAGGGAUGAUGUCGGCGAUGAAUAUCAACGAUGCUCCGACAUUUGGGUUUGGUGGCGGCUUCCCUGAGGUUAAUAAUAACAAUCAAGGUCAAGCACCUGUUGUGUUCAACAAUGCUCCUGCUUCUUCUAUAUUUUCAUCUCCUGCUUCGAGUAUCCCUCCUCAAGGGUUCACUUUUGGAGCAGCUCCAGCGAAGCCAACAGCCGGAGGUGAUGUUUCCAUGGAUGGCUCUUAA